AUUCUUUUUAAAGGUUUUUCAGUACAUUAACGCUUCAAACAGAUAGCGCAGAUAGGUUGCAGAUUACAUUUUAAUGUGACAUUGACGAAACACGUAAGUUAUAAACGUAUAAAUUAACAAGUAACAAAGACAAUUCAUCACAGCUACAAGAGAACGCAUAAGCACUCGUCAUGGUUCGCAACAACACAAAAAGGAAUUAUAAGCCCCUGAAAGCGUCAGAGCUCCAGAGUGCACUGCGUUCCAUAACGCACGGGCCAAAGCUGACAAUUCGUCAAGCCAGCCAACAAUUCGGGAUUCCAUUUUCUACCCUACGAGAGCAUCUGAACUUUGACGAACUGCGCGAGAUAUCGGGUCGCAAGACUCGCAAGCUUGGCAAGCCCACUUUUACAGCACAAGAAGAAGCCGAGUUAGUGGGACACAUUCUCCGUUUGGCUGGAAUGAACAACGGUAUCACACGCCAAGAUCUUCGCAGAGUCGUCUUCGAAUUUGCUGAGGCCAAACGGAUCAAGCAUUACUUCAAUAAAAGGUCAAAAAUGACAGGGAGGAAUUGGGUGUACCUGUUCCUGAAGAGAAACCCACAAAUUCCGCUACGACAAUUGAGAGGCAUCAGUCUGAAUCGUAUUGCUGACUUCAACAAGAACUUUUUCAGUAACUUGCAAGCAAUUAUGAAGAAACAUAAAUUCACUCCGUACCGAAUCUACAACAUGGAUGAGACCAAAAUACCAACGGUGCAGAAGAAAUGCUCAAGUGUUUACGCAGCCGAGGGCAAAAAAAGGGUCGGAGCAGUAACGUCUGAUAAAAUGGGAAAAACCGUCACUGCUGCUUUCUGCAUGAAUGCAGCUGGAUGUUAUAUACCACCAUUGAUAAUUUUUCCCGGAGUUCGUAUGGAUUCGAGAUUGCAGCAUAAUGGACCUAUCGGAGCUCUAUAUGGUUGCUCAAAAAAUGGCUGGACAAAUGAAGUUCUUUUCUGUCAGUGGCUGGAACAUUUUGUGAAACACGUGAAACCCACGGCUGAUGAUCCGGUCCUCCUGAUCCUGGACUACCACUCGAGUCAUGUCUCAAUGGCAGCAUACACGUUCUGCAUAGACAACAGCAUUACUGUGGUAACGGUUCCUCCACGCAUGUCCCAUCGAAUGCAGCCGCUCGAUCUCACUUUCUUUGGUCCCCUGAAAAAUGUUAUGCACCGAGAAUUUAAGCUCUAUCUGACUUCUCACCCGUAUGAGAAAAUUGGGGAGCACAAUUUGGCAGAGUUUUUGAACAAAGCGUUUAUAAAGGUCGCGUCGAUGGAAAAAGGAAUCUCGGGCUUUAGGUCAGCCGGCAUUUGGCCACUUGACCGGCCUGACAUGUUCGAGGAAAACGACUUCGCGCCGCCAGACGAAGAUAACGAAGAUGUUGAUCAGAAUUCGAUUAUCGCUACUGAGUGGUGCGUUUAUGAGGAGAGCGUCAACGAGAACGUCAAUCUUUCAGACAAGUCGGUAACCAGCGACGAUACUGCCUCUUCCACUUCGGCAAUUCUGGAGAUGAUCCCGCGGGUCCUGCCAACUCCCACCAAAAAGAAGACGGUCCCAGGAUAAAGGAGAAAGUCUCGUGCAAAAAUGCAAUCAGAAAUUUUCACUGCCAGUCCCCGGCCAAUAAGAAAAGUUGCAGAAAGCGGCUGAUAAAUGAAAGAAGGAAGAGGCCCCUAAGAAACGAGGGCCCUGAAAAAAAAAGCACGAAAAGCGAAAGUUCAGGCAGUCAACAGGCUCCCAAACGAGAAAGACCAAGGAAGAAGCAAACGUCGAACCCGCGGAAGGGGACAACGAAUUGUAGUUUCGUUGUUGCCAGUGUUCAACCUUGAUUCACGCUGAAUGCAGCGGCGUCGACAGGACCAAAGAUUAUGGCUGCGUUCCGAUAUUCACUGUCAGUACUGAAAAUCUAUAGCGUACGUUACGUAAACUAAAGAUUUUCAGUACUUGCAGUGAAUAUCAGAACGCAGCCUAUAUUUGUGAUUUUUGUUAGCUUAUAAUACUUUCUUCUGUUCUUCAAUUCUGUUUUUCAAUAUGAAAAAAAUGAACACAACUUUUUCGAAUUA